AUGGAUGUUAGCGCUGGUGUUGAUGUCACAUGUGUUAUUGCUGUGGGAGUGGCCGUAGUCGCUUCGGUUUAUGUGUGUUUGAUGCGACCCACUCACAAGCGCUGGAACCAUACUGGGAAUGUAAAGGAAGUGUUGCAGACGGGCGAUAAUAUCAUUCGUUUAUUUAUUUACCCUCGUUGGCACUUGGGCCCCAGUAUUUCGUUGCCGUGCGUCGCUGUUGAGACAUUUCUACGACUAGCGAAUGUUCCCUACAAAGUUCAAGCCACGUAUGAUGUUUUUCCUUCACCCACACGCACUUUGCCAUAUAUUAUACACGAAGGCAAGUGCGUGGCGGGUUGUACUGUAAUUAUUCAAUAUCUUAUGGACACUUUCAAGUUGAAAAUGGAUGAUGGGCUUGAAAGUAUGCAGCAUGCUGUCGGGACGGCUCUUCGCAACAUGUUGUUGUAUGAGGCACGCUUCGCCCUGCAUCAUACGCUUGCGCAUCAAGCUGUGCUUUACACAGCGCCGUGUGCUCUACGCUGCUGGAAGUUUUCCGCAGCGUCAAUUGCCUGCUUUUUACUUUGGUUUAGAAGACAUGUAUUGGGCACUUCCAAGUUGGCGCAACUGAACGUCUUGCGUGAGCGAUAUGAUUCCAGUUAUUUGAUGGACUUGGAAGCUGUGGAAACCCUUAUCGGAGACAAACCAUUUCUCUUUGGUGACCGUCCGACGUCGUAUGAUUGCGUGGUGUAUGCGGCUUUGUUGCCUAUUGUGAGAAUGAAGGAAGCCAAAUUUGUUAGUGAACCCUUCGCCUUUGCAGCUCGGAGUUUACUGCUGAGAGAAUAUGUGAACCGAAUGACAAAUGUGGCUUUUCGUGAUUUGGAGCAUUUGUGUUGUGGGGAGGAAAAACUAUCAACCCGGGGCUCUUGUGUGUCAUAA